UUUCCAGCAAUUCAGCUCCUAUGGCCAUGGCUUUCCGAUUUCCUUACGGACCCUUUAUUUCUGACAUGAAAUUGGAUACUGGUGGCAUAUACAACACAACUGGAAAGGGGCCGAGAAGUACAGGAGAAUUGCUCUGCCAAAUAUUGACAGCAAGUUGCAUUCAAUCAACUUGCAAGAACAGUAAAUCUCUUGGUAGAGUGGGAAGGAUUUUAUCUUUUCAAGGAUCCUCAAAGCAUGUGCAGACAGCUUGCCGAAUCUCAUUUCCAAGGGCUACUUUAGAAAGUAAAGAGAAGGCAUCUUCAAGUUUGAGGAAAAAGAUGAUAAUUCCUGAUUCAGAUCCACCUAGUGUUCAAGAUGUCAACAUUCUCUAUCAAUUUUUUCAUAGGAGUUCAAAUCUUGUUGUUCUGACUGGUGCUGGAAUUAGCACAGAGUGUGGAAUUCCUGAUUAUAGAAGUCCAAAUGGAGCUUAUAGCACUGGAUUCAAACCCAUAACCCAUCAGGAGUUUAUGCGAUCCAUCCGGGCACGAAGACGAUACUGGGCAAGGAGCUAUGCCGGAUGGAGAAAGUUCACCGCUGCACAACCUGGUGCAGCUCAUAUUUCUCUGGCAUCUCUUGAGAAAGCAGGACGGAUAAAUUUUAUGAUUACACAAAAUGUAGACAGGCUGCAUCAUCGUGCUGGAAGUAAUCCCCUGGAAUUACAUGGAACCGUAUACAAUGUUAAUUGUACAAAUUGUGGUUUUUCACUUUCUCGAAGUGUAUUUCAAGAUCAAGUAAAAGCCCAUAAUAAAAAGUGGGCAGCUGCAAUUGAAAGUUUAGACUAUGACAGUGUCUCCGACAAGAGCUUUGGUAUGAAGAUUAGGCCAGAUGGCGACGUUGAAAUUGAUGAGAAAUUCUGGGAGGAGGAAUUUCAUAUUCCUAGUUGUCAGAGAUGUGAUGGAAUUUUAAAACCUGACGUUGUCUUCUUUGGUGAUAAUGUCCCAAAGGAUAGAGCUGACACAGCCAUGGAAGCUGCAAAGAGAUGUGAUGCUUUUCUUGUGCUUGGCUCAUCUUUGAUGACUAUGUCUGCUUUCCGUCUUAUUAGGGCUGCUCAUGAAGCUGGUGCUGCUACUGCAAUUGUAAACCUUGGCGAGACACGAGCUGAUAAAUUUGUGCCUUUAAAAAUCAACGCUCGACUUGGUGAGAUACUGCCAAGAUUGCUUAACACUGGAUCCCUUAGUGUCCCUGUUCCUUAUUCAUAGUACCUUGAAGCUCAAGAGAUGGUUUCAAAAAUUGACUCAAUUCAUCGCGGAUGCAAUUGCCAUUGCAAGCACCUUGUAAGCCUCUGUUGUAAAUGAAAUAUUGUUUAGAUGAUGGUUUUGUAUCCAGCAAAGUAAAAUUGGAUUAAAACCAUUUCUUUGUCCUGCCUAAAGUGCCACUAGAUGUUGGAUGGAAUCUCGUUUAGUUCUUAUGCUGCAUUUUCUAAGUUGUAUGCUAAAUAUUAGUACAUAUAUGUUGUAAUUCUACCUGCAUUGGUAUUAAGGAGCCCUUGGUAUCUGAUCAGACUCCUCUCUACUUUCUUAUGUUCAUGUGGUGCAGUACAAUUUCGGAUUAAUUCCAUAGAAAGAUUUUGUUUGUGCCAAA